AUGCCGUCGCCCUACCGAGACAGACUGGCGACCUUCUACGAGCGCUACGCGCCCGCCAAGCUGAGGCAGGUGGACGCACAGCUGCAGAAGUACGCCGGCCGUGAGGAGGACUUCUUCGCUGCACUCGUGCAAAAGUAUGGCCCGGAGCCGGCGGUGGCUGCAGCUGUUGCUGCCACGCCCGCCGCCGCUGCUACGCCCGCCACCAGUUCUCCUGCAAACAGGUCUCUCGCCCUCGCUCCUGCUGGCGCGCCGUCGCCCUACCGAGACAGACUGGCGACCUUCUACGAGCGCUACGCGCCCGCCAAGCUGAGG